CUCACCUGACGUCGCAGAAUCAGCAAGCAGUUAGCAUGCUGGCUAAAUCAGUAAACCUGCUCAAUUGUCACUUUUAAACUUAAUUUUUGUCUGUUUUUGCGAGUAUUCUGUUUGUUAGUAUGAGAAUUCCGAGACACUACAACACCUCUUGAGUGUAUACACGCCGUGUCAAGAUUUAUUGAUUAUUUUGUGUAUGUUUUUUGGCGUGGGCAUCACUUCUGCCUGGAGGAAAUACAGCUGGCUAAUUAGGGAGACUGCUUGGAGAUCAGGUGUUAGCCUGCUGUACCAGAGGGGAUGGAUCCUCUGGGUGCUCGCUCCCAGUUCGUAGAUAUCCAGACUCUCCCCACAUGGCAGCAGCAGCUGGGUGAGGAUGGUGAGGAGAUAGUGCGGGAUGAGAGCGACAGCCUGCCCAGUCAGCAGGCCUUCCCCUCACCCUUCCCCUUCAGACCGGACAUCAAUCGCAAGAUCAUCCUCUUCACUGGGGACCUUGCUCUUCUAAACUGCACUGCCAUUGUGAAUACAAGCAACGAGUCGCUAAAUGACAAGAACCUGGUGUCUGACAGCAUCCAUCAGCUCGCAGGGCCGGAGCUGCGGGACGAGCUGCUCAAACUCAAAGGAUGUCGGACAGGGGAGGCAAAGCUGACCAAGGGCUUCAACCUAGCAGCAAGGUUCAUCAUCCACACAGUUGGACCAAAGUACAAAGCCAAGUACAGAACGGCAGCUGAGAGCUCGCUAUACAGCUGCUACAGAAACAUCAUGCAGCUGGCCGCAGAGCAGUCAAUGGCGUCUGUUGGCUUCUGUGUGGUGAGCACGACCAAAAGAGGUUACCCACUGGAAGAUGCUACACACAUCGCUUUCAGAACAGUACGGAGGUUCCUGGAGAAUCAUGGAAACAGCAUUGAGACGGUGGUGUUUGCAGUGUCAGACACAGAGGAGUCAGUGUACAAGAAGCUACUGCCUCUGUACUACCCUCGCUCUGAGGAAGAGGAGGAGGCCUGUCUGCCUCUCAUCCCAGCUGACAUUGGCAACUCUGAGGGUGAACCCGUUGUCCCAGAGAGACAGAUCCGCAUUGCAGAGAAGCCAGGCAGCCUGGAAGAUGAUGCUGAAGAGGAGACUCUGGAGUUAGAUCUGGGUCAGGUGGGGAAUCAUGCUUUCGCUCGGAUGGAGGGUGAUGUGGACAAACAGCGGAAACAGAUUCUGCAGGGCCAGAUGUCAGAGGCAGCCAUGCAGAAACAACACCAGAGGAAUUAUAAUCGCUGGCUGUGUCGAGCAAGAGCAGAGGAUCUGUCAGACAUCGCUGCACUGAAAGCCUUAUAUCAAACUGGUGUGGAUAUGUGUGGCAGGACCGUGAUGGUUGUGGUUGGACGAAACAUCCCAGUAACCCUUAUUGACCUUGAAAAGGCUCUGCUGUACUUUAUCCAUGUGAUGGACCACAUCACAGUGAAGGAGUAUGUGAUGGUUUACUUCCACACACUGACGGGCGAGCACAACCACCUAGACUCCGACUUCCUCAAAAACCUCUACGACAUUGUCGACGCCAAGUUUAAAAGGAAUUUAAAGGCUUUCUACUUUGUACAUCCAACAUUUCGCUCUAAGGUCUCAACGUGGUUCUUCACCACCUUCAGUGUGUCUGGGAUGAAGGACAAAGUCCGCUACCUGGACAACCUGCACCAGCUCUUCACCUGCAUCAAACCUGAACAGAUUGACAUCCCGCCAUUUGUCCUGGAGUAUGACGCACGGGUGAAUGGACCCUACUAUCCUGCUCAGUCCUCCGGUCUGUGACAGACAACCAAUCAUACCUCUCUGCUGGGGUAACAAGGUAAAGGCAGCAUGUCAAAUGGAAGCCAAUUUAUGGACAUCAUGUUGCCCAUGUGGUCUGACCUCCUAACCUCCUCUUUGAGACUCUGAAGCAUACUGGGGGAAACUCUCCUUGUGUUCUGUCCCUGCCAAAAAGGACAAAAUUAACAGUCAAAGCCCACAUUCAGCAGCAUGUGGCCUGUUGAGUGUUCAUUCUCACUCACCACAGACUAUUUGUGGAUCUGGUAUGGUUUUUUGGAUUAUGCCUUACACCAGGAGUUCUUCUUCAGCAGUUUCCUCAAACAUCCCUAAAUAUGAAGUUAUCAUGUCAAGCCUGACAGUUGCUCAAAGCUUUUUCCAUUGUGCGGUCAUACGAGACAUCCUCAUCCAUGUCUCAGAAUACUGUCAGACUUUUCAAAUGCUGGACCUUGGAAGAUGAUGUCUGUCUGGAUUUCCAUGCUAUUUAAUUCUGUACUGUGCCACUCUGGACUGCAAAAACUCUGGAUGAGGUAAAGACUAAUUCUGCGUCAAACUUCAGUCUGAAGUUGGAAUUUCCCACCUGGUACAACGCCGUAAUAACAACCACUGAGGUCUCCUGCAGCCCCAUUCAGAAAACCCCAGGCAGUGGAUAAAAAUUCACGCCUGGGAGAUUUUCUUUGAUAGACAAAAAUACUGCUCCUUGUGUAACAGGUUAUGUCAUUCUGUUUGCUAGCUAGGUAAUAUGGAGCAUCAACUUCAGCAUAAAGACUGGAAGCAAGGGGAAAUGGUUAACUCUUAUGUACAAAUUACACAUACAAGAUACAGUGUGUUAGUUUGUGAGCUGUAGAAGUGCUGGUGGGCAGAUUUUCUUACCUUUGAGCAGGGCCAGGCUAGCUGUAGCUUCAUAUUUAAGGGACAGAUAUAAGUGCAUCAUCACACUUCUCAUUUAAUGCUUUACAGGACAGCAUUUAAGAUUUCAAAUGUUGACAUUCUUUAAGCUUUAAAAGUUGCUGUAUGUAAGUUUUUUCAAUUGCUACAUAGCUGUUGUUAGCAUUAACAGCAGUUAGCAGUUUAGAAGAAAUGUUGUGAAUUCAGGAUCAAAGUUAAUUCCUUUAUUUGCCAAGACUUGUCUCCCACAGUGGAAAGCAGCAGCAAUAUUAACACUUAUUUUGCCUCUAAUUCUGUCACUUCUUUUCUUUUACUUAAGUUAGCAUGCUAAUCAACUAACCCCCAGCCCAUCCCAUCUCAUAAUACCACUUCGCAAAAAUGCAGGGCAGUAGCAUUAGUCUAAAAUGAGAGGAUAAAGAAGUAGUGCUGACCAGAGAGCAUAUUCUAACCUCUUGUCUUGUAAACACAAAUGAUGGCUCAAGGACUUAGCAAGCGACCAAUGUAGCAAUAGCAGAAACUUACAUAUAGCACCUUUAAAUCCAACACAAAGUGGUUGGUUGAAUUUAAGGUGAAAAUGUAACUUAAGGAGUAAUGAAAUACUGCUGAUAUCUGCAUCACAAAAACCUUGCUGAUUGCCUUCUGGGGUCCAAACUCUUUGUUUUUUCUGUUGCAUUUUCUUAGCAUGAAAUUUGUUAUUUCCCACUUAAUGGUGUGUCUAGAAGAGUAGCAAGUUUCUGCAGUAGAGGCAGCUGCAAUUUCUGAACAGCAGAUGUAGGACUGCAUUUCUAGGACCUUAAUUUUUCAUUACACUGCUACCAUACAAAAUCUCUUCUACAUGUGUGUAGAACAACUCUAACCCUACCCCUACUGCUACCUAAUUAGCUAGGUGGUGCUAUCGCAAAAAGUCCUAGAAAUGCGAUCCUUGGACAGUGGGCCUGAAACUGCAGUCUCCUCUAGUGCAAGAAUAUAAUAACAGGGCAUAUAUAUGCUUUUUUCCUAAACUCACUGUACUUCUUAAAAGUUGUACUGAAAAAAUUAAUCAGCAAGUCAGUCAACAGAAAAUUAAUCGUCAACAAUUUUUACAAUUCAUCAAUCAUUUGAGUUAUUCAACAAAAACAUUCACUGGUUCCAGUUUCAAAUGUGAGAAUUUGCUGUUCUUUCUGUUUUACAUUGUUAUAAAUUUAACACUUUGGAGGUCACAUAAAAAUAAGCAAACCUAGGACCUCACCUUAGGCUCUGGAUAGGUUUCACUGUUUCUUGAAACUUUAUAGAUAAAACUGAAAUCACAAGACAGACAGUCAGACACAUCUCUUCUUCUAAAGUAGUGCCUGUCUAAAGAUACAGUAACUAGUCUUUCUCAAGGCAGCUUACCUGUCAAGCUGAGGAUCCUUGCUGUCUGCAGAAGCAUUAUACAGCUUUAUGCUGGCAGAUUUCAACCUGGAGGUCAGGAGAUGAUGGAUGGGAUCACAAACAAUAUUCUCCUCCUUUCAUUUCAUGUAUUUACUUCCAAAUUGUCUUACAAUUGUAAAUUUUAUCUUUGAAAUGCUGGCUGAGUUUUUGGCUGCUCUCCUUCCUCUGAUAGUCACUGUUUGGUUGAAUUGUUGAUGUUUCACAAGAAGGCAUCACUUUGUUUUAAAGGUACACAAGCCAACAAGGGUAAAGAAUUGCUGUUUUAUCUCACAUUCACAUGAUGAAGGAAAGUAUCAUUGGUAGAUUUUUCUUUUCUCUAUGCCAUUGCCAUUGGAGCUUCAAGUCUUUUGUGCCUGUUUGUCUGCUAAAGGAUAACUCCAGUAUUUUUAAAGUGGGCCAUGUUCCCAUGUUUUUGGGUGUAGGUGAUUGAGAGGGACAAAAAUCUUGCAUAAUGGUCACUUGUCCAUGUCAAAUAAUUGUCCACUGACAGGCUCAGACUGUUAUUAUAAGUGUCUGACAUUAACAUAGCACAAACAAAUUAACAGAUCAAGGCAGUGGUAUUCCAGCAGCAUGUUCUGCUCUGUAAAAUUACAGUUUUUGUCUGUGGAGUCUAGUGAUAUAUAGCGAUGUUUAUUAAACAAAAAGGAUGUUACUCUUUAAUAAAAUGGUCUGUCUCUGUAGGAAUCCUAUCCAUGAUAUUGUCAGACACUUAUAAUAACAAUCCAAGCCCAUCAGUGUUCAAAAAUACUCAAGUGAGGGUUCUGUUCCUCAGUCACUAAUUUCCUUGUUAUUUGCACAGUUAGCUCUACUUUACUUGGUGUUUUCACAAUCACAAGUAGUUUUAUUUAACUUGGACUACCAGACUGGUGGGUUUACUUUAUCAGGGCAAUUGCAAAUCAAAUGUACUGAACUUUCCAGCAGUCAUUAUGUAGCAAACCCCAUCUGUCUGGUACCCCAAGAGGUAACACUAUCACUAUAAAUGUAGAUUCUGUUUGACUAACGUCUGUCCCUCACUUCUGGACGUGAGGGAUUUCACCUGCACGUAGUUCUAUCUUCACCCCAGUCCUGUCUGCUGUGUUUCCACUCAUUGUCAAGAAAUCAGGAAUCUGUAUUUUUAAAUAACUCACUUCUGCUGGCAAGAAAACAAACUCCUCAUGCUAAAGCUCUUGUCCUUAAAUGUCCUCACUAACAGAUGAUAGGGAUAUAAAAAUCCUGACGCAGAAGCAUGUGACACUAUCAUACAGAGUUCGGCUGGAAACUUAAGGCUUCUUAAAUGGUAACUUACAUGUUAGAUUUUGUAGACUCAUCCAAUGGGAAGAUGUGAUGUGUCAGUUCGACGAAUGUUGUGCUCCAUUUUCAAUCAAUACACAGUUGAUCACCCUGAGAAGAAAAUGCGAACAGUUAAAAAAUGAGAAAAAUAACUUUAAUGAGCUUUUAAAAGCCUUUAAAUCUCAUUUUUCAAAUAAUAAUAAUAAUGAUAAUAACAAUAAUGAUAAUAAAUGAGGGAAAAACAUCUGAUGUGGUGAGAUGAUUCCAAGUAAAACCAUGCUGAAAACUAGUGAAUUUUCUUACACAUUGACAAAAUGCCCCUGAUGCUUCCACAAAAAUAAAGAUUUAAAGACUGAACAUGACAAUGUGUUGUUCAGAGUGUCAGAAAUUAUAACUAUGGAGAAUUUGAAUAAAUCUGGUGUCACUGUUUUCCCCUUCAGUUGUCUCCUUUAUGAAGAAACAACCAGGAACCAUGGCCUCAGAUCAGUGAAGUCAUCAUGAUAUACUUUAAUGUCAGAGCUGUGAUUAUACCUGAAUGUAUAUAAAUGAUGAGCCAAAUUUUGACUGUCUGGAAA